AUGUAAAUUCAAAAGUCCAGUUUCUCAACACAUUUUCAUUAAAUAUCUCCUCCAUUCUUAAUAACAAAACGAAUAAAAUCAGAAGGCUAAGAUUUUUUAACUGAAUUAGAUUUGAAUGCUCAAAAUUCCAUUAAAAAAAGGAUGCAGAAUAGUGAACUUUAAAUGACUGAGGCAAAUCACAAAUUGAUUCCAAGUAAUAUCAUUUUAGAACAUAGAAUAAAAAAUGAACAUUCAAGUAAGGAAGAAGGUUAUCAGAACUAAAUAACCCUCUUUGCCUUAUCUCAAGCUUGAUAAUAAAUAAUAUUAUGAUAAAUGGUACAUCCCUUAUGAUCAAAGAUAUAUUGCAAAAGUUAAUUUAGCUUAAGAAUAAUAUCAAGGUAAUUACUAUGAUAUCAUAGAUCCAUAUCAUUUUUAUAAAAAUAUGCAUAUAGGAGCUGCAUAAUUCAAUCCAUUUGAAAAAUAAUUACCAAAAGAUCUUGAAAGAAAUAUUGAAUACAAGCAUAGAUCAGACAUAUUAAAGGAAAUGUUGAAAGGCUAGAAAAUGAUUUAUGAAUUCAGAAAGUAUAUCACUUGCUUUAUAUGAAGAUCUUUGGAGUCAAAUCAAUAACGUAUUCCAUAAUUUAUAAAGAAAAUAAUGGAAGAUAAGAAAAAUCCACUUUAAAAGUAGUAAUGA